GUGGUCCCCCACCACGACCAGCGCCCCUCCCUCGCACACUUGUCCCUCCUCGUGCCGUCAGUCGUCCUUCGCGGGUAUCGGCUUUCGUCUAGAUUCUCAUAAUAUUAAUAGUAAUAAUAAUAAUAUUAAUUCUAAUAAUAAAACUAAUAAUACCAAUUGUAAGAGCAGUACAACCUCGUCAUUUAUGAUGGCGUCAACAACCGCUGACGUCAUCAUUGCGAAUGCGGCGGCGGCCUAUGGGGGGGGGGGGGGGGGGGGGGGGGGGGGAAGGCGGGGGGGGGGGGGGGGGGCAGCGACGCGAUUGGCGCAUGCAUCUGCCGCCGCCGCCGCCGUUUCUUGCGGCAGGCAAAAGCCGGCGGCGGGAAAAGAGGGAAGGGGAGGAGGGGGAGGGGGGCUGAAGCGGGGGAAAGUAGGCGGAGCGAACUGCACGGCGGGGGCCGCCGGGGGGGGGGAACUGCCAUGGAGGAGGGCGAUGAUGAUGACGGUGAUGACACGUGUCCCGACGGCGACGAGGAGAGGUUAUCUUAAUGAGAGUGGUCAUGCGAGUGGCAGAGAACGAGGGAGCCUUCUAUCUUCUUUCUGCUGGUCGGUUAGUUCCGCCUCGAUUGAUGGGCUUCGCGGAGAGAGACACGUGUCCUCUUCCGCUUCAGGAACGCAUUGCCCGAGGUGGGAGGGAGGACGCUACUUUGUCCAACGACGACGACCGGGGCGAGGAGGAGGAGGAAGAGGGAGGCGGCCGGGUGGCGCUGCUAUCCGACGUGGCAGUGGCAAUCCCGAUCCCAAUCCUCAUACGGUUGGCGGCCUGUCCGUUCGAGGCUACAUUGAGCGGGAAAAAGGAUUCGGCGACCUGGUCAAUCGAGCAAGAGGUGCCCUCCCUGUGAUUGGUCUGCUAUCGAGGAUCUUAACGGCUGAAGGAGGAGUGGGAGCUGAUCAGCUGCGCUUCCCUGAGUUCGCUACGAGGGUGUCUGCCAAUUCAUCGUGGAAAUUGACGCAGGCGUUGUACGAUUUGAGAACAAUCCACGGAGAGAGAGCGAAAGUAAACCAUGUUUUGCUAUGGUGUUGGGUCGCGGCCAUUGGAGGGGGACUUGUGCUCAGCGACGACAUCUUGCUUGGGGCAGCGCGGUUACGUGUAUCCAACGACCUUGAAUAUGAGAUCGACAAUUUCGAUUUGUUGAUGGAUGAAGGAGCAAAGAGGCGCGCAAAAUCCAAAGCGAAGGCUGCGAAGCUUCCCCUGGAGGCUCGUGCUGCUGUGGCUCUUGAAGCGAUUUCCAAAUCGUGUUUAGGUGAUGACGGCAUGAAUGAACGUGACAUGGAACUGCUGGAUGUUGUCCUUGGAGAGGUGUUUCCGACGGUCGACAAGGCGGUGAUUAAAAGAAUGCUGACAGCACAGAUGGCAGAGGAAGAGCAAGUUCGCCGAAACAAGCACAGGAUGGAGGAGGAGAAGAAAAGCGGAAAAGAAGAGAGUGAAAUGGCAGGCGGCAGCAGCGGGGUGUCGGCAGCAGCAGCAUCUACGGGAUAAGGAAAGAGGCGUUGAACGGGCAGUUGAUGAGGGGAUUUCCUUUUGGGUGGAAAAAAGUUCAGACUUGAAAGCAAGCCAGAAUGCUUCCAGCAGUUUGAAUGAGAGAGAGAGGGAGGGAGGGAGGGAAGGAGGGAAGGAGGGAAGGAGGGAAGGAGGAGGGGGGGGGGGAAGGGAGGGACCCAUAUGCGAUUCAGUCUCUGUUGAACUGAUGCUGUCUUUUUGCUUUCUUAUUCCGAGUAAAUGCAUUGCAUCGUCUUUUACGUGCGCCGCUGCCACCACUGCUGCUGCUGCUGCUGCAGCAGGAGUUUUAAAACCCAGUUGUGUUAUGUCCUGAUUUUGGGGAAAUCCCUAGACAGAGGUAGGGUGUUUACAGAGCGUGCAAGUUGUAGGAGGUCAAGUGCCAUCCACUUGGGUUAAUAGUAACUUAAAAGUUGAUACCCACAGGAAUGGCUUGGCAGUGGCUCGGAGUUGGGAGGUGAAAAUUUUUCUUAAGGAGGGGUGAAAUUUUUUCUUAAGGAGGGGUGAAAAUUCUUCUUAGGGAGGGUGAAAAUUCUUCUUAAGGAGGGGUGAAAAUUCUUCUUAAGGAGGGGUGAAAAUUCUUCUUUAGGAGGGGUGAAAAUUCUUCUUAAGGAGGGGUGAAAGUUCUUCCUCGGACGGAGAGCAAGAGAAUUGUACUUGAGCAGACGUGUUCCACAUGCCCACCUUAGCGAAUGGAAGGUAGAUCAGGCACGGUAGCUUCCUUCUUUUCUCAUCUUGUUGAAGUAAUGCUGUCGUGAAGGCUAAUGAUUUCUGAGAGACCCUUGCAGGCCUCGUGACUCUUGAGACACGUGGAAGUUGUGACAAGCGAGAGUCUGGAGGUAACCCAGUUUGCAUGCUGCUCCUGUGGGAACAAGCGGGAGAGGAGGUACUUGCAGGAUUGGUCCCAGGAUAACAAAAGAUGGAAGUUCAUGCAUGGAACUAAGGCUUUUUGUGCAAUCGGUCUCUGCAAGAAUGAAUGGUCUUGACCAUU